AUGUCUCUUACAUCCUCGAAGGGCACUGACCUGUAUGGCUCGCACGACGACAUGCGGACGCUCUUCAGGGUGGACGAGUUGACGCUGCGGCAGGGCCAGAAGAUGGCUGUUGUCGGGGCGAACGGCUGCGGGAAGUCUACCCUCAUCCGGGCGCUCGGCGGCAAGGCCAGUCUCGCUGGCGGCAAGAUCGAAGUAGAUCCAGGCGUCCAGGUCUGCAUCGUCGAGCAGGCCACGAAGUAUGACCCAGAGCAGCUGGUGCUGGACGCCGUGUACGCCAAUGCGAACUCACCCCAGGCGGCGGCCACGCGUCGAUACAAAGCCGCCAUGGCCCUGGGCGAGGAUCUGCAGGAGGCGCUCGAUCUGAUGGAGGCGACGCAGGCGUGGGGCUGGGAGGACGAAGCAACCAACGUGAUGGCCCAGCUGGGCCUCGGCGAGCUGCUCGCUCGGCCGAUGGGGCAGCUGUCGGGCGGCGAGGAGCGCCGCGUGGCCCUGGCCAGCGCGCUUGUGGACCUGGACGCCAUCGACCUGCUCAUACUGGACGAGCCCACCAACCACCUCAGCACGGAGGGCUGCGACUGGCUGCAGGACAGGCUCCAGGCCGCCGAGGAUCUCAGCCUCGUGCUCGUCACCCACGACCGCUACUUCCUGGACGAGGUGUGCAACGAGGUCCUGGAGAUCGACGGCCUGGGGGCCACGUACACCCACCAGGGAGGCUGGAACAACUUCCUGGAGGGCCGUGCCGAGAGGUGGAAAGAGAAGCAGGCCCAGGUGGACGCCGCGAAGGUGCAGCUCAAGCGCGCCAAGGAGUGGAUGGCGCGGGGCGUUCGUGGGCGGGGCACCCGAAGCAAGAAGGGGGUCGCCGGGUUCCUCGACGCGAAGGAGAGAGCAGCCGCCGUCGUCGCCGCUGACGACGGCGCGCCCGACCUACUGGGGCAGGGCUACGCUGGCUUCAAGCAAGGCGGGAAGGAUUACGCCAUGGUAGGUCUCAAAAACGUGACGGUGACAGUGCCGCGCCGAGGCAACAUCCUCGACCAGGUGACCAUGCAGUUCGCCAAGGGCAGCAAGGUCGGCAUCGUGGGGCCGAACGGCGCGGGCAAGUCCACCUUCUUGCGCACGCUGUCGGGCGACCAGGAGCUCGCUGGGGGCGAGCUUGUCUUCGGCGACGCGGUACGCAUGGGCUUUCUCACGCAGGAGCCGCCCGUUUUCCCCGAUCCGAGACAGCGGGUCAUGCAGUUCGUCUCGGAGAUAGCAGACGAGGCCGCGUACCUCAGCGACGCGACCGCGAAGCCGGGGGACACCCGGGAGGCGGCCGCCGCGCGCCUGCUUGCCUCGGUCAACUUCGACCGUGCCCGGUGGCAGACGGAGGUGGACAUGCUGUCCGGCGGCGAGCGCCGCAGGCUCCAACUGCUGCGGGUGCUGUCGCAGCGCCCCAACGUGCUGCUCCUGGACGAGCCGACCAACGACCUGGACGCCGUGACCGUGGACUCGCUGGAGCAGCUGCUGAAGAGUUUCGCCGGGACCGUCAUCGUGGUGAGCCACGACCGCUCCCUGCUGGACGGGGUGUGCAACAUGCACGUCGUGUUCUUCAAGGACAGCGGCAGGCCUCGGCUGUGGUCUGGCACCUAUGCGGAGCUGCGAGAGUGGCAGGAGGAGCAGGCCAAGGAAGAGAGGAGCAAGUCCAGACAGGCGGCGGCGGCGGCCGCCGCAGUAGCGGCAGCCCCGAAGGCGCCAGCGAUCAGCCAGAAGGAGCUGAAAGACGCGCGGCGGAGAUUCAACUCGUUGGAGAAGGAGAUCGAGUCCACAGAGGAGCUGCUGGCGGAAGUCGACAGCGACAUACAGGAGCACGCCAGCGACGCCGAGAAGAUCGUGGAGCUCUGCGCGAGGCGGGAGGAGCUCGGCAAGAGGCAGGCGGAGCUCUACGAGCGCUGGGAGGAGCUCGCAGAGCUCGUGGCGUAG